CCCUCUUCCCGCUGCGCCACACGGAGCGCCUGCCUCCGCCGGGGCGGGGCCCAGGGAGCGGGAAGGAGGAGACUGGGGAGGAGACAGGGGCGGGAAGGAGGAGACUAGGGCGGAGGAUGGAGGCCGGGGUGGGGCUGGAUGUCCCGCUGAGGCGGAGGCCCCUCAGUGGCCGGGAUGAGCUCCGGGGAGAACGACGGCCAGGGAGGUCGGGGGAGGGCUGCGGAGCUCCAGGGAGGAGUCGCGGAGGUUAACACCAAAGAACAUCAGUUUGGUCUUGGGGCUCCAGUUUCUGAAGCUGGAAGAAACCAGAAUACUUUCCAACUAGAACAAGAAGUGAGAACCCAAGAUAGAUUCAUCUCUACACUGAAAUUACAGAUUGAAGAUCUCAAACAGACAAAUCAUGACUUGGAAGAAUAUGUUAGGAAACUCUUGGAUAGUAAAGAGGCGGUAAGCACUCAAGUAGAUGACUUAGCCAACCACAAUGAGCACCUUUGUAAAGAGUUGAUUAAACUUGACCAACUAGCAGAGAAAUUACAAAAAGAAAAAAAUUUUGUGGUGGACACUGCCGACAAGGAACUUGAAGAAGCAAAGAUUGAACUCAUUUGCCAGCAAAAUAAUAUAACAGUAUUAGAAGAUACAAUCCAAAGGCUUAAGUCCAUAAUUUUAGAGACUGAAAAGGCACAAAAUACAUCUCCUUCUAGACUGGAUUCCUUUGUCAAGACUUUAGAAGCAGACAGAGAUUAUUAUAAGACUGAAGCUCAGAAUUUAAGAAAAAUGAUGAGAAAUAGAUCUAAGAGUCCGAGACGCCCAUCGCCAACUUCCCGGGCUGCAAACUGUGAUGUAGAGCUUUUGAAGUCAACUGCAAGAGACCGUGAAGAGCUAAAGUGUAUGCUGGAAAAAUAUGAACGUCAUUUGGCAGAAAUCCAGGGCAACGUCAAGGUUCUCACAUCUGAGAGAGACAAGACCUUCCUCCUUUAUGAGCAGGCACAGGAAGAAAUUGCUCGACUUCGACGAGAAAUGAUGAAAAGCUGUAAGUCUCCUAAGUCAACCACAGCACAUGCUAUUCUUCGUCGGGUAGAGACGGAGAGAGAUGUAGCCUUCACUGACCUACGAAGAAUGACCACAGAGCGAGACAGUCUGAGAGAAAGGCUCAAGAUUGCUCAAGAGACAGCGUUCAACGAGAAGGCUCACUUGGAACAGCGGAUAGAGGAGCUGGAGUGCACAGUUCACAACCUUGAUGAUGAGCGCAUGGAACAGAUGGCAAACAUGACUUUGAUGAAGGAAACCAUAACCACUGUGGAAAAAGAAAUGAAAUCAUUAGCAAGAAAGGCAAUGGACACCGAGAGUGAGCUUGGCAGACAAAAAGCAGAGAAUAAUUCUUUGAGACUUUUAUAUGAAAACACAGAAAAAGAUCUCUCUGAUACUCAGCGACAUCUUGCUAAGAAAAAAUAUGAGCUACAGCUUACUCAGGAGAAAAUUAUGUGCUUGGAUGAAAAAAUUGAUAAUUUCACGAGGCAAAAUAUUGCACAGCGAGAAGAAAUCAGCAUUCUUGGUGCAACCCUCAAUGACCUGGCUAAAGAAAAGGAAUGCCUGCAAGCGUGUCUGGAUAAAAAGUCUGAGAACAUUGCAUCCCUUGGCGAGAGCUUGGCAAUGAAAGAAAAAACCAUUUCAGGCAUGAAGAAUAUCAUUGCUGAGAUGGAACAGGCAUCAAGACAGUCUACUGAAGCCCUCAUUAUGUGCGAACAAGAUAUUUCCAGGAUGCGCCGGCAGUUGGACGAGACAAAUGAUGAGCUGGGUCAGAUUGCCAGGGAGAGAGAUAUCUUGGCUCAUGAGAAUGACAAUCUUCAAGAACAGUUUGCCAAAGUCAAACAAGAAAACCAGGCACUGUCCAAAAAACUGAAUGAUACUCAUAACGAACUCAGUGACAUAAAGCAGAAGGUCCAGGACACGAAUCUGGAGGUUAACAAGUUGAAGAACAUAUUAAAGUCUGAGGAAUCUGAGAACCGGCAAAUAAUGGAACAACUCCGAAAAGCCAAUGAAGAUGCUGAAAACUGGGAAAAUAAGGCCCGCCAGACAGAGGCAGAAAACAACACCCUCAAACUGGAACUUAUCACUGCUGAAGCAGAGGGCAACAGAUUAAAGGAAAAAGUUGAUGCCCUUAACAGAGAGGUUGAGCAAAUGGAGAAUGAGCUGGACUCAGCGCGCUCUGAAAUUGAACUGCUCCGGAGUCAGAUGACAAACGAGAGGAUCUCCAUGCAGAAUCUCGAGGCUCUGCUGGUGGCCAACCGGGACAAAGAGUACCAGUCUCAGAUAGCACUGCAGGAAAAGGAGUCUGAGAUCCAGUUGCUGAAGGAGCACCUCUGCCUGGCUGAGAACAAAAUGGCCAUCCAGAGCAGAGACGUGGCACAGUUCAGAAAUGUUGUAACGCAGUUAGAAGCAGAUUUGGACAUUACCAAAAGGCAACUCGGGACAGAACGUUUUGAAAGGGAAAGGGCUGUCCAAGAACUUCGCCGCCAGAAUUACUCAAGCAAUGCCUAUAAUUUGGGUCCAAUGAAGCCAAAUACAAAAUGCCACUCACCAGAGCGUGCUCACCAUCGAUCUCCUGACCGAGGCCUCGACCGAUCAUUGGAAGAGUAAGUGUGCACAGGACCUGGAGUGUAGCCAUGUUCACAGUGAGAUUUGAGGAAGCGAGGAAACUGAUACUAAACCUGGUUAAUAAGACAUGAUGACACCAAAAAUAAAGGGUUUUCAUCUAUAAAUGAGUUUUAUAUGAAUAUUGUACUGAAGUGAAAUAGCGCUAAGGGAUUCCUGGUACUGAACUGCAAUAGUGCUUGGGUUCUCCUCUCAUUUUGUAAUAGUUGAAGUCAGAGCUAAGGUCUCAUCAUGCUCGGCAAGCACAGAGCCCUGACCUGGGUCAUCAGCCUGCACAUCAGCUGUGUUGUCAAAGUCGGAAUGCUUUUACUGUGCGUUCUCAUGUACAGUUAUUAAAAAUGGGGGUGCAUUGCUAUUGUACCAUAGAAUAUAUAUGCUCCAGGAAAAGUAUUUACUACUUACUUUUAUUUUAGACUUUAUUGUUAUAUUUCACAAAUGUUUAAAAGUUUUAUGUGAGAAUAAUUAAAACGUGUAUGAACUAAACAUGUAAAACUAAAAAUACCUCUCACUCAAUUCACUAUUGUUAAAAUUUUGUCGUUUGUUUUAUUGUAUAAAGAAGUAUCUCAUGUACCCCUACUACUGCAUAUUUCCCCUAUUACUACCCCCUCUCUUUGUCCGUCCAUCUGUCUGUCUGUCUCCCCCUCUCCCUCCCUUAAAAAGCAACCAGUAUGUCUAACUCCAAAGUACCUCCACGAGCGUCCAUCUUGUCUUUCCUCAUGAUGCAUUUGUUCUGUCACCAUGAGGACCAAGGCUCAACACCAGCACGCCCCCCCCCCCCCCCACUCCUGACUCACUCCUCAGCCCACGAUGUGUCUGAGCCGUCUCUGGGCUUCUACAGCACUGUCAGUUCAGUGACUAGAAUGAUGAAAAAGUUCCAGAUAUGUUUGUAGGCCAUCAUUCCUGCCCUUGUAGCCUAUAUUUCCCCAAGAGCAUUAGCCAAAUAUCAAGUUCAUGAAUGACUUAAAUUUGUUCCUGUGUUCACUCACAAUCCACUAAUAUCUGCAUUCUGACCAGUCAUAGGUAUAAUGUGUUUCCUGUAAUAGUCUAAAAAAUACUAAAACUUAAAUAUUAAAAAUACCCCCACUUUAUAAUGUAUAUAUCCAUAUAUAUGCAUAUAUCAGUAUAUCCACAUGUGUAUGUAUAUGUGUAUAUACAUAUACAUACACAUACACACAUAUUAUAUAUAUGUAUAUACACACACACACACAUAUACAUAUAUACAUAUAUAUAUAUAUGUAUAUGGAUGGAUAUUUUGCAUACAUAUAUGUCUGUAUACCAAUUGUGUGCCUGGUACCUGCAAAGGCCAGAAGGGGGCAUCUGGUUCUGUGGAACUGAAGAUACAGAAGGCUGUGACCCACCAUGUGGAAUCAAACCCCAGUUCUCUAGAACACCCAGUACUCUUAUUAACCACUGAGUUUUUUCUAGCCCCACAAACCCCAGAAUUUCAAUAUACUAGUUUUGAUCUAUUUUCUCUAUUAUGAAUUUUUAUUCUUUAUUAUUUUUUUCCUAUGUUAUUUUUUUACUUUGUUGGAGUUUUCUCCUAGCUUUUGGAGUUGGGAAUUAAUAACUUACUGCUGUUCUUUGUUUAAUUGCUAGAGAUUUAGGACUCUCCGUUUUCCUUUGCUUUGAAUGAUCUCAUGUGUUCUUAAAUGUUUUGCUUUUCUUUCAACUUGUUUGUAAAACUCUGACUUCUGUUUUAUUUUCACUUUUGUCAAUGAGUUGAUGGGAAAUCUUAUAAUUUCCAGUUGGAAGGAUGUAUUCAGUUUUAGUUUUUAUUUCUGCUAUGUUUGAGCCAUGACCAGGAUAUACUACCUUUGCCACUUCUGUUUCAUGAGCUCUGUGGUCUGCAUGCCUUCCAUAUGACCAGUUUUUAUAAAUGUGGGCACUUGACCAGGUAUGUUUCUUUUUGCAAUGCAGCAUUAUAUCUACAAAGCACUGACUUUGCGGUCUUAUGCACAUCUUUUCAGUAGAUCUGAUUACCUUCCAUCCACUUGGGCAGUCUUGUCUUGUGAAUAGUAUUUUAAAGUCUCCUGCAUGUCUUAAUUUCUCACACCUCUUAUGUUUUAAGGCAUAUGUUUCUGUUUAUCUUCAGAAAUAGAAUAGUGCUUACUAACACCAAUUCUUUAACAAGUCUGCAGUUGGCCAGGCAGUGCUGGUGCACACCUUUAAUCCCAGCACUUGGGAGGCAGAGGCAGGCGGAUCUCUGAGUUCAAGGCCAGCCUGGUCUACAGAGUGAGUUCCAGGACAGCCAGGGCUACACAAAGAAACCCUGUUUCGAAAAACAAACAAACAAACAAACAAACAAACAAACAAACAGAAGAAGUCUGCAAGUCAUGUAAAAAGGGGUGAAGUAAAACAGCACUGAGUACAGGAAUGGGGACAAAGGUGUUCUCACAGAUGGCAGGAUUGUAUAUGUUAAGAAGAAAGGAUCUAGAUGUAAAAGUUUGGAAUUAAUACGUACAUUAGCAUAUAUUAACAAGCAUUUGGAAUAAAAACUAUCAAGAUCUAAUAUUAAUCCACAUGCCACACCAAACAAAACACAAUUUCAAAAGUCAGAAAUUUCAGUAGCAUCAAACACUAGGGAUUUUAAUCUAUCAAAUUCUUUCUAGGCAAUCAUAAGACAUUAAUGCGAGCCGUUGGGCACCAGCAGUUUCCAGGAGCUAGCACUACACGGCAGGCAGGAGCUUGCUUUCUUUAAAAGCUGUGGUUUCCUCCACUUGCUCCUGGAUUAAGAAAUGUUCUAGGUUUCAAAGAAUAAUCUUCCUUCUGUGUAGGGGUAGGUGUGUGUAUGUUUAUGUAAAUAGAGAGAGGCCAGAGGCCAACCUGGACUGUUGUUCCUCAGGUACUGUCCACUGUUUUGCUUUGUUUUGAGACAGACUCUCUCCAUCUGGUCCAGUGUGACUGUCUAGUCACCACUAAGAGCCCUUGCUCUUCCUCCCCAGCACUGGGAACACAAGCAAAACCACCAUGCCCAGCCUUCCUUGAGCUGAAAGAUGAAACUCGAGUUUUCAUAGUUACAAGGCAAGCACACUACAGGUGGAGUCAUCUCCCCAGUCUUCAUUUUCUUGACAUCAGGACCACGUUGGAACUUAGCAUCACUCCUGAAUACCUAGUUACUGUUAAUGACCUUUUAGGUCUGGCUUUUGAAUUGAACUGAACUGAGCGGAGCUGAACUUGGAAGAUGUUCUCUCAUCUUUCUUUUGGACAGAUACAACAUCUCACUGCUGGGAAGUCAGCCCCAAGUCCAGCCUGCUGCCAAGGUCAUUGAUUUUUCUCUCUCCUUUCUGCCUGUAGUACUUGGUGUAGCACCAGUGUUUGUCUCUCACAUUGGCAUAGUGCCAACAGAGACUCUGGGACAAUUAUUUCACAUAUGGCUGGCUGUCUUUUGCUGCCUGGGCACUCUGAAUUGCCACCCUUCUUUGCUGUGUGUAACUUUCAUGAAGUGUUCUUCUCCGAAACAUUGAUAUUCUUUGUUUGGUCUGGUGUCUGAUACUGUGUAUCCAAGUUGCUGAUCCACUCUUACUGUCUCCAUUCUCCUAGUAAAUACCCUUGGCUCUGUCUGGA